AUGUCAGGGGGGUCUUAUGAUAGGGCUAUAACUAUAUUUUCACCUGAUGGACAUCUUUUCCAAGUGGAAUACGCUCAAGAAGCCGUAAAGAAGGGUUCCACUGCUGUAUGUAAAAAACUUCUUCGUCGGUGUUUUCAUUGUGUCGAACAACUUCUCUCCUUUUGUUAAUUUUCUGCGAAUUGGAAGAUUGAUAAAGAACUAUUUUAUAGGUUGGAGUCCGUGGUAAAAACAUUGUUGUUCUCGGAGUAGAGAGAAAAGCGGUUGCCAAACUUCAAGAACCAAGAACAGUCAGAAAAAUCUGUUCGCUGGAUGACCACGUUGUCAUGGCUUUUGCAGGUAAUGGAGUAUUUCUGAAAAGAAUCAACAAUUUGUCCUUCCUUCAAGAUUUUUCGUCAUUUUUUAUCAGGUUUGACGGCGGACGCUAGAAUUCUGGUGAAUCGAGCUCGGGUCGAGUGUCAAAGCCAUAAGCUAACCGUAGAAGAUCCUGUGACAUUAGAGUACAUAACAAGAUAUAUUGCGACGCUAAAGCAGGUACGAAGAAACAUAUUUUUCCCUUUUGGUGCGAAGAGUUUGAUUCAUGUCGUAUCAAGAGAAGAGUGAGUAGGUUUUUCCCGAGGUGAUUGACCGAGUGGUGGACACAGUCAUGGGAAGUGUUGAUUUAGCUAAAUUUUUUCCCUUACUUUCGUCAAAUCCCAUAUGGUCUAGUGGUUAGGAUCCGGCGCUCUCACCGCCGUGGCCCGGGUUCGAUUCCCGGUGUGGGAACGACACUUCUUUUCAUUUUUUUUUUUUUGUUUUCUUUGCAUAGUUUUUCACAAUUUUUGUCUUGUGCAUAUUUACUCUUUCUAACCCCAACUAAAUGUUAUUUUCUAUUUUUAUCAUUGUUGAUUAGCGUUACACUCAAAGCAAUGGUCGCCGCCCUUUUGGUAUUUCUACACUCAUUGUUGGAUUUGAUUAUGAUGGUACACCUCAUCUUUAUCAGACUGACCCAUCAGGAACAUAUCAUGCAUGGAAGGUAGUUAAACUGUAAUCAUAUCAACCUUAUAUAGUUACAUAAUUUAGCAUUAUCAACUGAGUUGAUAGCUAUAAUUGACUGACAGAUAAAAAGUUACUCCCUGUUAAUUACUGAAUUUUUCAAGACCAGAACUAGUACCUUAGCCCUUUAACUCCCAGAAGUGAUUUACCAGUAACUUCUCCCUAAAAUAUCUAUUCAUAAUCCAGCAAACAGGUAGUGAGAGUGCUUAAAUGUAACAGGUAGAAGUUGUUAUCUUGAUCUAAUGCCAAAUUCUUGCAACUAAUUUACAAGGAAAUGUGUAGCAGCUAGAGUGGAGUAUUAACAAUCAGAUCCUGGGAAUUAAAGGGUUAAGUACAUGGAGAGUUUGGGGUCUGAAUCAUUUAUAAAUGGCUUGUUAAAUUGGAAAGGUUCAGGUGUCACCUUUUGUCUGACUUGUUGGAGAACUUUAACUCUGAAACUGCAAUGGAAGUACUUAGAUUUAGACACCAAAUGCAUUGAUUGGCAGUUAUUCUGGAAAAGUAUCCACAUUGGUUACAAUAUUGUAAAUUUUUUUAACAGUCAACUCUCUUUGAGUUUGCAAAAGUCUCAUAACACAAAAAGUCUUGAACUCAACAUGAUAGCUGCAAUAUCCACUGCAGAUAUUGAAUUUAUGAUGUGAACUUCACACACCCUUUUCCUUUAUAAUGCAUUUUUACCUCUGUACCUCUAUCAUUUGUGUAUCUUUUAUUUAUCAGGCCAAUGCAAUUGGACGCAGUGCAAAAACGGUUCGUGAAUUUCUAGAGAAACACUACACAGAGGAGGUAGCUGACUCAGAUGAUGAAACAAUUAAACUAGCUAUCAAAGCUUUACUUGAGGUGUGUAAAUUUUUGUGGUUUAUGAUUUUCUAUUAACAGAGUAACAGGUGUAUCUGAAGUGCCUGUUGUGGUUUUUGGUGGGUGCAACUGUUACUAAGUUGUUUCAAACAGGUGGUGCCUAUACUCAAAAAUUCAGUGCAUGUGAAGAAAAUCUAUGAUCAGUUAACAUGUUUUUGCAUGUCUGAAAGAGGAUUACAACUUAUUGUCAAUUUGUUUAGCAUGUUUUGUCAUAGGACCAUACAUAUGACAACAGUAUUACCCUUGCAGGUGGUGCAAUCGGGAGGAAAGAAUAUUGAACUUGCUAUUAUGAGAAAUGGUGAAACACUCAAGGUAAACAUUUGCUCGUCAUUAACCACAAGUAAAUGGAGUCUUACAUUACAUAUACUGUGUAGUAAAACUGUGCUGGUGCAUUGUUAGAGAGAUUUCUUGUCCUAAGUAGUCAGUUUCUUGGAAGAAGAGAAAAGACAGAUUUUACACAUUGCUUUAGCAGGAUUUGGAUCAGUUCAAACCACAUAAGAAAAGGUUUUUUAUUUCCAUACAUUAUGAUUUUUCAUUUGAGGAAUAUCAGUAACUUUGCACUUUAUAUGCUCCAGUUCAUGUUUUGAUCUUACAACCAGACACACUUAAGUUGCAAGAAUCCUCAACAGAUGGAAAAGUUUCAUUGGUGCUUAUUUCAAUCUUUGUGUCUCUUGUCAUUCAGAUACUACAACCAGAAGAGGUUGAUAAAUUUGUUGAAAUCAUUGAGAAAGAAAAAGAAGCAGAAGCUGAAAAGAAGAAGAGAGAAAAGGCAUCAGGAUCAGCUAAAUAAAUAGAAUGGACAUUCAUCUUUUAUUUUAUACUCUCAUAUUGCUGUUUUGAAACUAACUUGAUUCUUCCAUUUCUGAUAUAUUGGCAUUUGCGACAACUGAAUGGCACCAUUCAUUACCAUAUAGGGUGAAGCAAUAGCAAAUCCAAGCAACUAAGUUGCCAAAUGUUUCAAUGGUUAUUGUUGGGCUUUCAAGAGCAAUAGAAACAGCUUACUUUUCUUUUAUUGCCCAGAGCCCUCACAAAUAAAAGCGGCAGUGAGUACAGACUAAGUAUUGGUGUGAAGUACUUUUUUAAAGUUUUUGGUUUUUUUUUUAACUUAAAAAAGCUCAAAGAAAUACCACAAUCGUGCUUUACUAAACUGGUGAUGAAUUCCUUGACAUCAAAGAGCAUUUCUUUUGAGAAGAAAGGCCUGCAAGUGAGGACACUAGAAUGGAUUCUUAUAUAUUCCUUUACACUUGUCAAUCCAACAGGUGUUGGGAUAUGGUGCAAAACUGCAGUUUUCACCUCUGAAAAAUGUGAAAAAAAAGUACUUGGAAUAGUUUGCAUAUGCAUUAUGUUCUCAGUCUAGAUAAAAGGAAAAGGGUGACUUGCCUUUUUUGUAGGGUUGUGUUUACCAGGAAAGAGAAAGAAUAAGUCUAUUGGUUAUAAAGUGUUACAAACUGAACAGCACAUAGUUGAUCAUUUCAGUAGGCCAGAUGCUAAGCUGACAGUCUCACAAACUGACCAAUUUUCUGCUUUCUCAGAACUGAUUUGCAAUUUUAGUUUGACUCCCAAUUUGAGAACUGAUACAUGGACUUUGCUCCUCACAAAUGUAGAGUCUGUAACAUUUCUAUCAGUGGUUUUUACUUUGUUUCUGUCUUCUCAACUGAGCUGUUUAAACAUCAACAACAUUGAAUCCUAAAACAUUUAUUUUCUUUUCAUCUCACAACGUAAUUGCAUUAACUCUUGAACUCCUAGAAGUGAUUAACAUGUGACUUCUCCUAUAAUAACCAUACAUUAUCCACCAAACAGGUAAUGAGAAUUCUCAAACUCAAUUGGUUGAAGUCUUUGGAUCAAUUUCAGCAUCUGACCAACUGUGAACCAACACCUCUCCUAAACCAACAACAAGUUAGGGGAGGGGUGGGUGGACAAUUGCUCAGAUACUGAUUUUGAUCUAAGUGUUAUCUUGAUCUGACACCAAAUUCUCAUAACUUGUUCAUGAGGAAAUGCAUAGUAGCUAAAGGGAAGAAUUUACAUUUGAGGUCUUGGGAGUUAAGGGAGUAAUGCAUGAACCAACAAGAGAACAAGUCUAUGAUGGCUCUUAAUUCGCUGAUUAAAAUCCAAAUGUAGUUUUGUUAUUGUAACUUUGUUUGAUUAAUUUGUUUGUUUUGAAGGUCAAAAACAAACUCCAGGCAGUUGAAAGUUAUUGAAAUCUAAAGUCUGCACAUUUGUCUUAUUGAUUGUGUUGGCCAUUGUAUUUUCCACAACAUUGUUUGAUACAUUUACACAACACUUUCUCAUCAUGUACCAUGGGG